AUGAACAAUGAUCAAGUUCCAGAAUUAUUAUGUCAAGAGAAAUCUUUACAUCCGAUUACGUCUACACUUACAUCUGAAUUAGUUACACCUGAACUAGAAACUUUGCCUUUAUUAUCAGACCAAGAAAAAUCCUCACAUCUAGAAAAUCAAGUUCCAGAAUUAUUAUAUCAAGAGAUAUCUUUACAUCCGAUUACUUUUGAUUGUCUUUGA